AGUGGGAGGAGCAGAGGCAGAAGGAGGAGAGGCAGAAGGAGGAGGGGGAGCAGCAGCGGGAGGAGGAGCAGCAGGAGGAACUGCAGCAGCAGCACCAGGGGGAGGAGCAGUAGUGGGAGGAGCAGGAGGAUGGCGGCCGUAGGAGGUGGUGACCAGGGCGUUGGAGCCGAGGUGCCCGGCGCGGACAGCGGGAACGUCUCCCAGAGCCAGAGCAGCGCCUCCGGCCUCGGGGACCCGGAGGAGGACGAGGAGGAGGAGGGCUGGGAGGCGUCGCUCAGCGCCACCGCCGCCGCCUGCUCCGCCUACCUGCUGGCUGACCGCAGCCUCUUCAGCCAAGAGAUAGAAAGCUUAGACAAGAGUCUCGAAGAUUUGCUGACCAGAGUGGAUGAAUUUGUGGGAAUGUUGGACAUGAUUCGAAGUGAUUCCUCUCAAGUUGUCAAUGAAAGUAUACCUGAAAUUUACACAAAAGCUACAGAAAUGAGACAGAUAUACAGGAAGAUUGACAAACUAGAGGCUUUUGUGAAGAUGAUUGGAAAUAGUGUAGCUGGACUGGAAGAACGGGUCAUAAAGGCAGAAACAGACUUUGGAGCUUUUCCAAGCACAUUCAAGAAAAUCUUGCACACAAUCAGCUUUCCGUCCUUCCUUAAUAAAUCGUCUUCCGCACAACAACAGACACUCUAUGAACCUCCAGUCCUGUUCAAGACUGAAGACUAUUUUCCAUGUCUUAAUGAAGCACCUUAUUGAUGAUUUUUUACUUUGGGAUUGAUAUGAACCAGCCAGAAUAGAGACACCUAAGUGAACAAAAGAAAUGCUAACCUCAAAACAGCUGCAUUUCUGAACGUUAUUGAUGGCAUAUUGCCACUCCAAUUCUCAUUGUCUUCCUUCAGGCAGUGCUUUCAGGUAAUCUUUGUUUGUGUACAUUAUUUCAAGUCUUCCUAAAACACAGUAUGAAUUUUCAGAUUAUAUUGGGGAAGGAACUUCAGAAUACUUGUGCAUUAGGUUGUUGGGUUUUUUUUUAAAUAGGGAAAUAAUAGGAAACAUACUUUUAUAUAAGAAUCUUUUAACACAAAAAUAUCUGUACUGCUGCAAGUAUAAAUAACUAUGCCACCAGGAUAUGGGGUUUGGUUGGGGUUGGUUUUUUUCCCCGAAAGUACUGAUUGAGGUGAAAGAAAAACUAUGUGUAAAAUCAUCUACUCCAAGUUUUGGAACCUGGUCCCUGUAGUUUGUAUGGAGAAAUGCACCACGUUGUGAUGUACGAGUCGCAAGGGAGGACUUAGAAGAUUGGUGAGGAGUCACGGACAUGGUUCAAUGCACGUGAUGUAGUCCCAGUACACAAAGCGAACAUCCUACCUCCACUGAUGAUUAUAAAGUCACAGUGACCUGAACAUCUAAUUAUUGCAGCAUUGUAUUGUUUGAUGUGUAACCAGGUGAGCAUGAUUAUAUAUAUAUAUAUAUAUAUAUAACCUGCUGUAAAAAAUGAGAAGUAUUAAAGCUGAGUCAGGGAUGCCCCUGGACUGAGCCUCAAUCAGGCGCCUGACUGGACUGUCUGCUUUUCCCUCACAACCUCUGUGUGGUUACUGGGGCUCCCUGCGCUGAUUGCCAUGCGAGUAUAUUGUCAAUAAACUAUACAACCUCUAUUGUUGUCUUGCAUUUCACCUGACAGUAUCGAACUGCACCGUUAUCUCUGAGAAACUUUUUGCUUACAAGUUGUUGCAUUCUUCUGAACCAUAACUUUACCACCGCUGUUCUAUUGCCAAUGUAACUUACUACAAAUAUCCAAAAUUCAAAUUUCAGAGGAAUAAGAAAUGCAUUAGGCAAACAAUGUGUCUACCAAUUUUGUGCUGCAGGCACAGAAAAAGGUAUGCAGUUGUAGAGCAAGGUUUAUAUACUAAUAGAUAACACUUUCAAAGCCAUAAGGUCUUGUCUCCCAACAACAGCAGGGACUAGGUUCUGAAUAGUAUCUGAAGCAAUAUUUAGUUCCUUUGGUUCAGAUUUAGCAUUUAGUUAAAAAAAAAGAUUGUGAAGUCAAAAUUGGUAGGCUCCAAACGGAGUUCUACUAUAAAAUAUACCUGAAUUUUAGCUGAAAGAGUCUAGAAGAAUAAUUAUAUGCAAUCAUCCAUAAAGGAACAGGCAUUUAACUUGCAAGAGGGGGCUACUGCCCACCCCUACUCCUUAUUUUCAUCAAUACCUAAAUAUUUCACUAUUUAGAUGUUCCACUAUGGCAACAGUUGCAUUUCUAGGAAGUAUCAUACCUUUCAGUUUAUGCAUAAAUUACCCUUAAAGGUUUAUCCAUCCUCAGUGAAAUCUAAUGGAAUGAUGUACAUGUAACAUAUGUAACAACAUAUGGCUAGAGCCAAAUACUCUAAAGCACUCUGACAGCACAGAAAAUUUUGAAGUAAUCUCAGAAUAGUCUUCUAAUUAAAUGAAUUGACUGCUCUAAUAACAGCUUUGUCCUCUGUGAAUGGAACUAAAAUGCAGUAAUUUUUAAAUAGAUGAUAUAAAUAAAGAUCUCAGCGAGCUUAUCUAGCUGGCUGUUGUUCAUAUUAAUAGGAGAAAAAAAAUCACUUAUUCUGAAGUGGGUAUUUGUAUUAAACAGCUGUAUAGAAAACGUAAGACAUCUUCAAAGCACACCACAAGCAAAAGUCAUGGAAUUCCUAUAACUAGUGUAGUUCUAUGUUGUAAAUGCUCCAAAGUAUUUUAAUUACUGAAAACAAUGGAUAGUACAUAGAAGAAUUAUUAAGAAAAUAUAAUAAAAAUACAGACAAUAAAUCGUGGCUUGUUUAAUAACUGAUACAGAAUAAUGAGGUCACAGAUCAUCUGUGAACUGUAAACUAGAAAAGUUAUAAAUUAAGGCACUCUCCUAAUACUGACAAGAUUCAUACAUGCACUCUGUUGUUGAAUUUGUACUACCUUGGCGACCUCCUUGUUCAUGGUCAGCUUCACCGAGCAAUAGCUUAAAAAAAUAUCCUGAGUGUUCACACUCAGUAAAGAAAGAUCAUAGAAUGUUCCUUUAUUCUGUCUGCUGUUGUUACCUUGCAUUAGAGUAAAAACAGUAAUAACUAUAUUAUGAAUUAGGCUCAAUAUUUACUUGCUUUGCCAGCUACAGAUUAAAUCUCAAAAUCCACUGAUACUGAUAUUCAUAUACCCAGAAAGUUGUACUCAUAGCUUUCUCUGUACAAUGUUUAUCUUUCUCCUCUUGCAUGGUUUCCAAGAUAUUAAAUGAGUAACAAUAGCACUAUAUUACCUGUUCUUAACAGGAAGAGCUCUCCAGAUAGAACUGAUGUAAAGCAAGACAUUAUGUUUAAUGAGCUGAGCUGCUAAAUGUUGGUUAUUGAGUGUGUGAAACUAGCCAAUGUUUAAUAUCAACAAAGAGUCUACACACAAAUCUUCCAUUUCUUCUAUGACAUGAAGCAAAACUUUUAAUGUUAUCCUGGCAGAGGUAAUAUUAAAAGUUUUCCUUUUCUUAUAGUUGUGUACAUUUUAGGUAAGUGUCUAACUGAAACUAAUGCUGCGGCUUACUAAGAGAUACUUGUUUUCUGUAAGACGUAUGUGUAUACAUAUGUAUUUUGUAUAUAUAACAAAGUCUCCAUUCAAAGAUAUGCAGGAUGGACUGGAUUUUGGACAAAAAUCAAUAUGAUCUGUCUUAUCUAAUUUUUAGUUAUAUGUUAAAUUAGGCCUGAAGUAGAGACAUAAAGAUCAAUAUUUCUAUGUAAUUAUUUUUGGACCUGCACAUUUUGUUCCACUGUUGGGAAAUGCUACUGCAGGUGCUGUAAAACCUAAAAAAUUACAGAAGGAUGGACAUUACUGACAUGAAAAGAAGCAGAUUAAUUCUUUAUCUGACCAAAUAAAAUAAAAUAUGUUUAAAGAACUAAAGGUGCACAGGAUUAAUUGACGUUUUCAAAAUCCAUAGCAGUUCAUUACUUCUGCUGACAAGAACCUUCAAGGUUAAAGGUUUUUACCUGCUAAUACUUAGAAUUUAUUAGCAAGGUUAAUUUGGAUUCUGUCCUGUACAGGAACUGUUUCCAAAUGCUAAGAUCCUGAGCUAUAGAGAGUGAUCCAGAGGGAAACCCCACCCAGAAUCAGAAGAGCAAGAUAACUUCUGUCUACAUCUAUGAAGAGAACUUUACAUUUUAGAAUGCUUCGAAACAAUUUGCUGAAGAAGUCUUGAAAGCACACAAUGACUACAGGAAGAAACAUGGAGUCCCUCCAUUAAAACUCUGCAAGAAGUUAAACAGAGGAGCCCAACA